AUGGCGCGGGAGGGCGGAGCCUUUCUCCGCCCAGUGCGCUCUGCCGAGGCCCGCCGGGCUUCUCGGGCAUGGGCGCGUUGGUCCGCUGACCGUGCCGUGGCCAAGCGCGUGGAGGAGCUGCAGGCCGUCCGCGGGCAGCUGGCAGCGGCGGAAGCGGCCCUGGACUACAUCGUGGGGGAUGCGGAGGUGGCACAGCGUCUCAGCGCACUUCUGCCUGCCUUCGUGGCCACGCUCCACGGGGUGGAGCCCACCUGGCUGGAGAAGCUGCGGCGCAAUGUUGCGCUCCACGCCGAGGCCCUCGAGAUCGACGUGGCGAUCGCAGGCGCUCGCGAGCUUCGCCGAGCACAGCGUGGCCCUCGCCUCGAGGCACGGCGCGCGGGAGUCGGCCGCGCCCCCACCAGCCUCUCUGCGGAUGCGGCGGAGUUCAUGCUUGGCACUUGGGAGGCGCUGCCCGUGGGGCCUUCCGUCCACGUCGCGCAGGACGACUCCGAGAUCCACGAGCUCUCGGACGCGGAGAAGCAGCAAGCCCAGCCGACGGCCGAGUGGCUAGCACCUGGCGUGUGGCAUGGCUGUGGCCCCACCGCCGAGAGCGCGGCCCAGGCCUUCGUGCGUAGCCUCGCCGCGGGCUGGCGGCUCGCAGGGCUGGGCGAGGCGCAGGGCGACGAGGAGCUGGCAACGGGUGUCCUGCCAGGGCCCCUGCGGGGAGUGGCUGCCCUUGCGGUGCCGUGUCUUGCCGAGCUCAGGGCUGUUGUGCCUCAGCUGUCCGCUGAUCGCGACGGCGGCGUCGGCAUCGUGGAGCACGGCUUCGACUUGGAGUUCCAGCAGGGCGUGCUGCUCCAGCUGCAUAGGUGGGCGGUGCCACUCGGUCGCUCGCUGCAGCCUUUCGUCCGCCGCCGCCUCCGCGUGGACGAGGAGCCCGAGGAUGAGACGGAGGCCCAGGCGGACUUCGAUAAGGAGGAGGCUGCCCAGCUACCAGCCGCGGG